AUGUCAGCGGAACCGUCCUCGCGAAGUCUUGCUCUCGUGAUCGCCGCGGCUUCGUUGGUCGCGGUGGCUCGAGGAGCCUACCCCCUGACGACGGACUCGAACUGCAACUGCUACAAGACGAACUUGACGACGUCCAAUUACUUCUCGCACCACCAGUUCUUCGACUUCCGGUCCCUCUGGCAGUAUGUCAACGUCCCGCAACCGAUCGACAGUUUCGAGGGCAACGCCCAGGCGCAGCCGCCGAGCCCCUACUUCACCAACCCGGCAUUUGCCGACGCUUGGGACAUCCAGAACUGGAACAACACGGCGCUGAUGGCGCUCAACGACAGCACCAUCAGCGACGCCACCGUGAAGAUGGUCAACAGCCCCAACAACAUCUACAUCGAGCAGGACAACGGGGCAACGCACCUCACGCUGCGCACCGUGCGCCACGCGACGUUCCAGUCGGCGGCCGAGAUCGAGUCGCAGAGCCAGGGGUUCCAGUUCCUGUCGGUGCGCAUGCGCGCGCGCACCACGGGCGCCAAGGGGGCCGUGACGGCCAUGUUCACGUACCGCCCGCCGCCGACGCCGCUCAACACGCAGCUGGUGCAGGAGGCCGACCUCGAGAUCCGCACGGAGGACCCGCCCAUGUACGUGCAGUACACCAACCAGCCGUCGUGGAACAGCACGGGCGACAUCCCGGCCGCCACGCGGAACGUGACGCUGCCUGACGGCUGGCGGUGGAGCGACUGGGCCGAGUACCGCAUGGACUGGACGCCCGGCAGCAGCACUUGGUACGUCAACGGGCGGCUUGUCAGCCAGAUCACCUUCCAGGCGCCGCGCGACCCGUCGCAGGUCAUCUUCAACUCGUGGAGCGACGGCGGCUCGUGGUCGGGGCCCAUGCAGGUCGGCUCCCAGGCCUACUUGCAGAUCCAGUGGAUCGAGAUGGUGUACAACAGCACCGAUCCCGGCGCCGGGAGGACGGGCGGCUGCAGGAACAUCUGCACCAUUGAUGAGACCACCAAGCUCGGGACGCCGGCGCUCCUGACGGGAGGAUCAUUUCCCUCACAGCCGGGCAACCCCGGCAACGCCGGUCCGGCCGGGUGCGUGUCGGCCAAGUACGGGCAGUGCGCAGGGAAGAACUGGAACGGCUGCCGGAACUGCGCCGCCGGGUCGACGUGCCGCUACCAGAACGACUAUUACUCUCAAUGCCUCUGA